UGUUGAUUAUUUGAUUAAAAUGUCAUUAAAAGAAAGUUAGUGUUGAAAAGUCCGGUCGAAAAUGAGAUCUAAAAUCUAAAUAAAAGUUUGAAAUAUGUAAAUGUUACACCCAUACAGACGGAAAUAAAAGUAAACAUUCAUACUGUGAUAAAAUAUAUGUAAUGGCUAAUGACCCUGGAGAAAAAAAGUUGAAAGACGAGCUAGAAAUAUUACAAUCAAUGAUAGAUGUGUAUUCCCCCAAUUUGGUGGGUUUGAGGACCCAGUGUGCCACUAGUGCUGAAUUGACGCGUCAAGAAAUACGGACUUUAGAGGGUAAACUAAUCAAACUUUUCUCCCAACAAUUGGUAACAAAAUCAAAACUGAAAAAUGGCAUUGCAAUUAGGAUGCCCAAUAUCAGACAAUGGCUACAAGUAGUUGGCCUGAGGGAAUGCUCGGUCAAUACUGUUUGCAAAAAGAUUUUUACAUUGGAGGAACUGCAAGAAAAAACUGAGCAUGAACUCAGAACUAUAUUGGGAGACACGCCUGGUUCCACAGAGGAAGUCUGUAGAUUAGCCAAGGCCUUGCAUAAUUUAAAAAUCUACACAGAUUUUUUAAGAAGCGACGGGAAUCAAAUAAACCCAGAAACCCAAGAUUACAAUUUAUCGUGGGACUCUUGGGACCAAAAUGAUCUGAAAAUGAAACAGUCACCGCGGAUCAAUAGGGCCCAACGUCAAGCCAGAGCGUCCGUUCCUUCCGAGGAGAAUUUGUUCAAUAACAAUCAUAAGGCCAGCGGUGCAAUAGCUCCUAGCCCCUCCGUUUCUAGUAUUAUUUCACUUAAUUCCAGCAGUCCUAUGGGUGGCGGAGCGGCACCGCUUACCCCUCCAGGUUUUGCUAGUAAUAGCUUUAAUUCACCUAAGGAUAGAGGAAAAGAGAAAAAAUUCCCCACCACUCCUCCGGCCAUCAGAAAACAACAAAUUAGCAACAAGCCAGCUCUUGCGGCCGACUCUUUCCCUCUUACCAAAAGUAAGUCGCACGAGUCUCAACUGGCCGAUACCAAAACCAAAUAUAAUGGGGAUGCGAAUAACUUUAGUGAAGAUAAUAAAAAUUCUAGUAUACGACGUGGUAGAUUACCGACCGAACCCGGUCCCGAAACCAUGGGACUUACCAGUCCAGUGGCCACUAGUCCGAUAAAGUCACCGCCAUAUAACGCGUUAUUAUCUAACGAUAGUGACGACAAUAGUUUUAAUAAAUAUAACAGUCGUCUUCAAGUGCCGAAAUCGCCGCAAACGCCCCCGAUGAAAGUGAGCAUGACCCACCAAAUUACGCAUCGGUUUAUGAAAACGUUUAAACUGACGGCCAAUUGCGACAUGUGCGGUCAGAAGAUCUUCGGUAAGGCGCUCAAGUGUACCGAAUGUAAAUAUUCGUGUCACAGGGAAUGUCAGGAAAAAGUGCCGGCCUCCUGUGGUUUGCCCAAUGGUCUUCUCAAAGAGUUUAUUAAGAACUACGCGGGGACCCAGAGUACUGAAUAUGGCUCCGUUUGCUACCCUCCAGCCCCGAAAGGCAGAAACAAAUCAAACAGUAUAGUAAACUCGCUUUCGCGAAUAGGACACAGAAAAGGGUCCUACCCUUCAACUGCUUUUGGUAACAUACCUUUUCAGCCUCCGGACAGUAGUUCGAAUACGUCAAGUUGCAAUAGCUCGACUCCUUCGAGUCCCGCUGUCCACACCUCAACCACGCCGCAUGGAAGUCAAAAACAAUUCCAAUUUCCUGAUAUUAUGCAUACGAGUGAACCCAUACAAGAAGUGACGAUUCAUGAUUCAGCACCGGUGGCGUUACCGUCGCCGAUGAAACAUCACCACCACGAAAUACCGAGCGGGGUGCAAUUGUCUCGUAACGAUUCGAAUGACAAAAGUGCCACGUCACAAACGUCAAACAGUACGUUGGUGGAUUCGGAGUCGAAGACGCCGAUUCGGUUGGAUUCGCAAGACAGUCAAGUGUCCGACAGUGACACAAUGAUGCCCGAUACCGGACACAUGGCCAGGCAAAAUAGCUUAAGUCUAAAAGAGUGGGACAUUCCGUACGACGAAUUGAAAAUAACGACCGAAGUAGGAAUGGGUCGGUUCGGGCGGGUGUUUCGCGGUUAUUGGCACGGGGACGUGGCGGUGAAACUGUUAAACGUAAAAGACGACAAACCGCUCGAGCAAUUCAAGAUGGAGGUGGCGAUGUUCCGGAAAACGAGACACGAAAACUUGAUCCUGUUUAUGGGGGCGUGCAUGAAACCCCCGAAACUGGCGAUCGUCACCAGUUUCACAAAGGGAAACACUUUAUUCACGCAUAUCCACUUGCGCAAGGACAAAUUUAAUAUACAUCGCACCACCACGAUGGCCCAACAGAUUUGUCAAGGUAUGGGGUACCUACACGCAAAAGGUAUAAUCCACAAGGACCUAAAAACGAAAAACAUAUUUUUGGAGAACGGAAAAGUCGUCAUCACCGAUUUUGGUCUUUUUAGUGUGACGAAACUUUGUUUCGGUCCCAGGACCGAAAGUUUAUGCAUUCCUCCCGGUUGGCUGUGUUACUUGGCUCCCGAAUUGAUGAGAGGCCUGGACGCGCAUCGUUUUCAAGAGAAAGAAUUGCCGUUCAGUAUGGCCUCCGAUAUUUACGCUUUCGGGACCGUAUGGUACGAACUGCUUUGUGGCGAAUGGCCGUUCAAAAAUCAACCGCCGGAGGCCGUCAUCUGGCAGGUGGGAAAAGGAAUCAAACAAUCGCUUGCCAAUUUACAAGCCUCCGUGGAAGUUAAGGAUAUUCUGAUGCUCUGUUGGCAGUUUAAAGAAGAAAAGCGGCCGGACUUUCAAAAACUGUCUGAUAUUUUGGGAAAACUUCCCAAAAAGAAGUUGGAGAGGAGCCCCUCGCAUCCGGUGCAUUUGAGCAGAUCCGCCGAAUCCGUAUUCUAAACCUUAAGGGGGAGGGUUGUUCUAUCAUGUUUUCUCUAUUUAAGACAGAAAAAAGAUCAUCAGAACCCCAAUUGGGAAAAUAGUGUUUAUUUAUUUAACGCUGUAAAACUGUGAUUAUUUUAUCUUUCCAUUUUCAAUUUUAUAAAAGAACUGAUUUCUUUAAUUUUGUGUGCAUCAAUUUUUUUUUCUAAAUGUGAUCUGUAAUAUAAUUUGAGCAUAAUUUUGUACAUUACGAAUUUCAAGUAGCAUGUAAAACAUAAAACCAAAGAAAUUCAUUAGAUAGAUCGUCGAUUUCUUAUUUAUUAAUUUUAACUGAUAAGAUUUGUUUUGUACAUAAAUAAAGAUACGCCUAUUUCA